AUCAAUUUGAACUGCAGAUAUAUGCAGUUGCAUGCAAGGUUCUAAAAAUACCAAUUUUGUCAGCCCGUUUUUUUUUCUGCGUCCCUAUCAUUAUCUAAAAGAUGAACAAGAUAAGAUCUAUUUGACAUGUCUAAUAACCAGUUUAAUAUUGAAUUUCCAAUAGUCCUAGUAAAAAACCUGCCUUAUGAAGUCAUAACACAGGAGUUGUACGACUUGUUCAACAAGUUUGGAAGGAUCGUUGAAUUGAGAAAAGAAAUGAAGAAUCAUUUGAAGGGAGACUGUUUUGUUAUUUAUUCGGAUCUCAAAUCUGCUAAAUCGUGUGCAGAGAACCUUAAUGGCGUUAAUUUUCAAUCCAGAUAUUUGGUUGCUUUGUUAUAUCCAAUUGACAAUCAUAAGAGAAAUGAUAUUAAAAAUGGGUUAAUUCAAGUAAAUAAUAAAAGUGUUCAUACAAAAUAGAAUAAAAUAGGAUCUACUAUUAUAAAAUAUUUCUCGAAAGAAUGUAUACUUUAUUGUAAACGAUAUGUUAAUGAUGAAAAAUAAAAAGAAUAAAAAAAAUAAAAAAGAAAACAAACGUAUGAUAUAUAUAGCAUAUAGUACGGUGCACGGUAUUGUUGAUUUAGAAACUCAUGGGUUAUGAGUGGAAUCUCUUUUAAGUCAGUCUUUGAUUCAUAAUUUCAUUGUAUCUUCUUGCUCAACAAUAUGGAUGAUAUCACUAUCGAUGGAACCUAGAAUUGCAUCGUCUGAAUAUUGGAGAGCUCUCACAAGAAUGA